AUGGAGAUUGGAGAAAUGUUGGAAAUAUCGAUAAUCAAGGUUGAGCAUCCUGGAUGUCUUUGGGGGCAGACUUUGCAGGGACCUGGAGUGCAACAGUAUGAGGACCUACAAGUUCAAAUGAAUCUCUUCUAUCAUGACGUCAAUCUAGAUGUGGAAAAAUUAAAGCCAGCUUCACUGGCUGAGGGACAGGUGUGUGUGGUGUUUUGGCCGGUCCUAAAGAGCUGGUGUAGAGCUACCGUAGAAUCUCUUUACCUGGGAUCAAUGAGCCAUCGAGCCACUUGCUUUUUAGUGGACCAUGGAGAGCGUGUCAUCAUCAAUACAGAGGAUGUGAGAGCACCACUUAAUAAAUUCCUGAAGCUACCUUUCCAGGUACGAAGGUUCAAGCUGGCUAGGAUUCACCCCAUGAGACUUAAUGUGUCAGUCUGCAGUGAGACGGCAGAGCUAGUUCCAUCUUCUCACUGGGAUAGUUCAGCAACAAAGUACCUGCAUAAUCUUAUACAAGCAUCUACUCUGGUAGAGGCUGUUUUUUGUGGAACAUAUGAAGAUUGCACUGCCAUUGAACUCUACCUGACCAUCAAAAAUGUCAAGAUCUGCGUGAAUGACGAUUUAGUGGUGAAGAGGUUUGCAUGUUUCUCAAGUGAGAAGGACCUUGUGGAGCAGAGUGGGUGCGUGGACCGAUCACCUGUCAGCCUGGCAUGGGACAUUUUCUCAAGUCCUAACCAAAUACUCCAAAUGAAUGGCUGCUGUACAGUGAGGCCAUACCAGCCCCACUUUCUAAGUGGGCAGAGUAAAAGAAAUAAUUUCUUGCCACGAAAAGAACAGUUGGAACAAAUACCUCAAGAUAAAUCUCCAGUGUUUGGUAUGAAACAGUGCCUGCCCACUGGACAAAACAAUGCUGUAGAGAAACCUCAGAAUGAAACAAAGACAUAUGAAGUACCCGACAAAGCGAAAUUGACAAAACCCCUUAAAAAGGAACCAGAAAAUGUUAAGCAAACAGGCCAAGAGGAUAAAGAGAGCACCCUUGCAGAACAGUUGUCUGAAAAGCUGAACCUGCUCAGUACCAGUGAAAACCCCACAGAGCUAAAAGAGCCAGCUGUCACUCCAGAGCCAACUGCCAGAGAUCAAUCUGCUUGUGCUAGAUUGCUACAGUUGCUGAAUCCACAUCCUAUAAAUUCAGACUCUGAUUGUCUUGAUGAUAAUGUUGUAUGUGACCCCAGCAAGGGUGGUGUUUUGGUGCACUCAGCUAUUGCUAUCAACCCCUGCACCACUGUUAGUCAUGCUCCCAUCACAGAGCAGUUCCGUAAGUUUAUGUUAAGGAGAAAGUACCUGGUGCUAGGUCUGGCAGAGAGCUACAGUUGGCCGUCUGUGGCACGAGGAUGUGACACAGUGCUAGUGUGCCACAAUGGAGAUGAUCCGCUGUCCUACAUGCCACCUCUGCUGGCUCAGCUGCAACUGGCUUCUGUGUUUAGUGCCCUUACUGCGCAUACAGGGCCCAUAGCAGUGAUAUUGUGUCCAGGCUGGGGAAAGGUUGAGUCUGUGCUGAAUGUGCUAGAAGAGAGUCAGGCAGCUCCAAAUCUCCACCCUGCUGGUCUGCUGCUUGGACUGGGCAAGGAUGAAGCCAAACAAGCAAAGAUCCCUAACAACUGUCAGUUGCUGGUUACCACCCCAUUUAGUUUCACCAGGCUGCUGGAAGAGCACUGCUUUCUCUUCCUAAGGCUUUGUCACCUCGUUUUAGAUGAAGCUCAUGAGCUUUUUGCAAGAGCUCCUGAACAGAUGUCAGUCAUCUUACAACAUUACCAAAAAGUGGUGUGCAAAGAGGAGAGAACCACAUGUGCUCGGCAGAUUGUAGCUGUAGGAACUAAAUGGUGUCAAGAGCUGGAGGGUGUGGUCCGGGAUCACAUGGUUAACCCCUCUAUCAUCAUCUCGGUAACAGAAGAGGCCGCAUUGUAUGGCAGGGUUCAACAGACAGUUCUUAUGUGUCUGGAUUGCAAUAAGGCAUCAGUGCUGCUCAGCUCUCUUGACUUCAGCCCCUCUGUUCCCCAGAAAACUCUCCUUAUUGCCAAUUCAGCUGAGGAGGUAGAGAACAUCUACAAGACUGUCAGCAACACAGCAGCAUUCUCUCUGAAAGUUCAUGAAGGCCUUACCUACCAGUUUGAUUUUGUGAUUGAGCAGUGGAAGAAAGAUAUUGGUCCAGGGACACAGGUUGUCUUGGUGACCACCAAUGAUUGCCUGAAGGCCCUUGGUAUCAGAGAUGCUUCAUGUGUGGUGCAUUAUGGUUUUCCAAGCUCCCCUAAACUGUUUGGCAACCGGCUUUUCUGCAUGUUUAAGAACUUCCAGAAUCUCUCUAACCAGAAUUGUGCCGAGAGCAACCUACCCGCUGUUCGAUCUGUGUUACUGCUGUCAGAAAGAAAUGCUUGUCACGUUUCUGGUGUGUUGCGCUACCUGAAGCGUACACACACUAGACUGCCCCCAGAGCUCCUGCAGUUUGCCAAUGGAGUCCAGCUGGCCAAAGAGGAGCAGAAGACUGACAAACCUCUCUGCAGCUACCUGAAGAGUCUGGGCUUCUGCAGGGACAGCACAGUUUGCCCAGAAAGACAUACCAUUAAUAAAACCCUUGACUGCCCACUGCAUCCAGGCUCUGGCACUAUCAUGGUCUUGCCUCUUUACAUUAAGAGUGCAAAUGUGUACUUUGGCCGUAUUGUAAACCAGAAAGAGGACAGUUAUGAGAAAAUGGCAGCUGAGAUGAAUUUGUACUAUGCUAAAGAUAGACGUCUUGCAAAGGAAGUGAUGAAGGGAGGCAUGUUUGCAAUGCAAGAAAAUGAUAUUCAUCACAGAGUGUGUGUGACCAAGGUGCCAGAUAAGGGCAAUCAGCUGUUCUCCAGUGUUAUUGCUUACUUUGUGGAUGAAGGCCGCACACAAGAAGUAAAGUCACAUCAGCUUCUGCAACUUCCAGCAGAGUUUCAGAGCUUGCCGAGUCAGGCUGUAGAAAUAAUCCUGUGCAGGGCUCAACCCAUUGAUGGAGAGUCGGACUGGAACCCAAAGGUUACCAGAGCUGUCAGUCUGAAAAUUAAAGGAAAAACACAUCUAGUCAAAGUGAUGAUGUGUCUGGGCAAUACAGUUUGGGUUGAUCCAAUGGUACGCACGACACGUUUACCGGGACUAAAGACCUUUAUAAAUGAGUAUAAUGUCCAUGCAGAGAUAAUGUCCACUGGGAUGGCAACCACAAACGCUCAGCAUCUGGAUUUGCUGAAGUCACUUUACCAGGAACAUUUGGCCUUUGCUGAAGUUGAGCCUAAUGAGACUAACUGUGAGAGUAAGGUGGUGUCUGUGCAAAAGAUGGUUCAGGCUGCUGAAGAGGUUCUGGCCAGUACUAUGAAAGAUGAAAUCAGUAGCUUGCACAAUGGAGUGGAUUUGAAAGCAGAGAAUGUUGAACCCUGUGAGUCUUCAAACAAGCUCAAGGACCACCAGCUCAUAACAUCUAGUAGAGGAUCAAUCAAGGCCUCUUUGGAAACACCCGGAAUAGAUGAUAAACAGAUGGUUGGUUUUCACCCACACAUGAAGUGGUUUCAGAAAGAAGCAACAGUCACUCUUACAGUACAGCUAAUGAACCCUGUGAUGCAGAAGUGUGAGUUUUUUUCAGACAGAGUGGUUUACAGUGCAUAUUUGAACUACCACCAUUACUGUGCCAACCUAGAGUUGCACAGCAACAUCAUCAUAGAGCAGUGCUCAUGGGAAAUGAAGUGCAAUCAACCAGUAAUCAAGCUGGUAAAGAAAGAUAAAGCAGAGUGGAAAACACUCCUCAAAUACAAGAGUGCGUUUGUGAGUUAUGACUUUGACCACAUUGAAGAUGAAGACAUUACUGCUUCAGAUGGUGAGUUUGUGGAGAAUACAGGAGAGGAGGGCUACUACAUGAGCUCAGAGAGUGACAGUGACUGAACUGGUGUUAGGAAUGUCUUCCAGUGUGGUAGUUUUCCUUAACUGAUACUAUAGCUUUUCAUGCCAGCAGAUGCAUGUCCGUGUAACAUAUUGGCCUAGGGGUUUUUGAUAAGCUGUUACGUAACUGUUUUGUUUAAGUAGUUACAAUGUUAUCUGUUAGUAAGUCUAGGCUAUUGGACUUGGCUU